AUGGCAAGAACCAAGCAGACCGCUCGUAAAUCCACCGGAGGCAAAGCUCCCAGGAAGCAGCUGGCUACCAAGGCUGCUCGUAAGAGCGCCCCGGCCACCGGCGGAGUGAAGAAGCCUCACCGUUACAGGCCCGGUACCGUGGCUCUCCGUGAGAUCCGUCGCUACCAGAAAUCCACCGAGCUGCUGAUCCGUAAGCUGCCCUUCCAGCGCCUGGUCCGUGAAAUCGCUCAGGAUUUCAAGACCGACCUGCGCUUCCAGAGCUCCGCUGUCAUGGCUUUGCAGGAGGCCAGUGAGGCUUACCUGGUCGGCCUCUUCGAGGACACCAAUCUGUGUGCCAUCCACGCCAAGAGAGUCACCAUCAUGCCCAAAGACAUCCAGCUGGCCCGUCGUAUCCGCGGAGAGAGAGCUUAA